AAUAAAUAUUUAUCGACAUAAAAAAAUGUUGCCUUUGAAUUUUCCUUCAAAAUCGGCACGAACUUUCCGGACGACCGAAUAUUUUCCGUCUUGUUUCCCCGAAUAAUAGCAUUAAUUCCGCAAGUUGAAGCUGAAAGUUAAAAAUUGGACAUUGAGAAAGCAGCGUUCAAAUGACGAAGCUCGUGGCUGUCGUGGCCGCUAUCGAUCGAUCCGCACUUCCGUAGAAACGUGCGAUCAGUACACGCGCGCACCUGGCGUACGCUCGUUCGUGGCAACGCAAUUGCAGUCCUUGCGGAUAGCGGAUAGCGAAUUGGUGCAGUUAUUAAACGCUUGAAGAAUGGCAAUUAUGGGAAGUAUAUAUAACACCGAAUUACUUUCCUUGACCAUCGCGAUGGUAUCACAAGUGCACGCGUUAGUUCCGUAGCGUAUCGAUUCGCGUAUGCAACUGGGACGCACGCGAUGCUUUCUCGUAGCAACCUUGCUUCUUCUAGCCCUAACAGUGCUGAAGAAAGCCCCGUCGAGAGAAUGGCUAAGCCCGUCGAGUCCACCAGAGACAGAAGACUGAGAAGAUCGCGCGACGUGCCGUCCUUCUUCGAGGAGUCGACGGAAAGCGUGACACCGUUGAAAACAACGAUGAACGUCGUCGCGGACGUUCACGACGAGAGCGGCAAGUUGGACCGCCGACAACGAGACGACGCGAGCGAUCUCGCGGUCGAAUUCGACGAUAAAGCGGCUAAACGGUCCUCCGAGGAGUCGAAAGCUUCCUCGGGCGCGAGCGAAGGUCCUCCGAGGAGCCGCUCCAUCAAGCGCAGAAGUUUCGCGAAAGACCGAAGGAGCAAAGAGUCGCACGAUGAUCGAACUGCGGAUCUAAUAGAGGAACUCGAGCUGCCGACGAAGAGCAGCGAGUCCCUUGAUGAGAAGCCACGCCAGCGGAGGCAGUGGAACACCGCGAGCGUGGCGAAGGGGAUGCGGGACUCGAAGGCACGAACGCGGCGGAAGCGCUGGGCCAAGGACACCAGCGUGAUCCGACUGCCCGGGACGAGCGACGACCUUGGGUCCCCGUUGAUCGACGAGCCGCGUAGACCGCCGAUUCCGAUGCCGCGAUCCAGCGUGCGCCGGAACGCUUUACCCUUUGACAAUCCAGCGUUCACGUCUGAGAACGACGACGAGGUGCUCCGAAUCGAGACUGAUCACAAUAAGGAGAGCACCAAGAUCGAGAUAAGAAGGAUGCGCGACCGUGCGAGCGUCAAGGAUGUCGAGGAGGCUGGAACAACGUCCUGGAGGAAGAACCGAGGGAAAGUAGCGACGACGAGCGAGCGUUUGGUGGAUAGCGACGACCGAUCUUCGAAGGCGAGAUCCUCUGAAAGUAGAGAGAACAGUGUUGAGAAGAUCGAUUCAUCGACGAGCCUGGAGAAGGUCACUGACGUUCGAUCGAGCUCGAUCACUUCUGAGGAACGUCCGUCGUCGAGAACAAGAGAGAAGACGUUUCAGCGGGAAGGAUCGUUAAGAAAACGAGGGCGACCCUUGCACAGAAAGGAGAAGCCUUCCGGCGAAGUAAGCUCAUCCGCGAGGGACGCGAGCUCCGCGUUCGAGGCGGACGCGGGAGCCCGAAAGAAGAAGAAGAGACAGCGGAAACAAAAAGAUGGACAGCGAAACGGAAAGGAGAGAAAAGAGGAAGAGGAGAUGAAGCACAUCUCCGUGACGAUUCAUCGUGCUGACGUGCUGGAGGCGGAUUACGUGAACGUGAAGCGACCGAUGGUGAAGGUGCACAUUGUGGACGCCCGUACGGGAUCGUAUCUGAAUAUGAACACGGCGGAGAAUAAAGGGAGUGGCGAUGGGUUUCUUCAGCCGAUGAUCACCGGCAAAUUCGACUUCAAGGAGAACAGAUCGAUGAUCCCGGUUUGGGAGGAAGAGCUCAUUUUCGAGCAUGACUUCAACGCGAUCACGAGGCGCGAAGAUGGCAACCAAGUGGUGAUCCUCUUCGAGGUGAUAGACCUCUUGAGCUUCGCGGAAGCGAGCGUGAGCUACGACAGAAUCGGUAGCGAGGGAUGCUGGAACAAAAUUGCUUGGGCAUUCCUCAAGCCAAUAGGUGUCAACGGUACUCUUCAUACGGAGAAGAAAGUGCGGUUGCAGCUUUACAGACCGAGACAGAGCUUUAAGAGAUAUGGGAAACACAAAUGCGAGGUGUACAGCUGGUGGCAAUCGAAUAAUAGAGAUAAAUAUCCCAGUAGCCUCCUCGUGACGAUCACGUCGGUCUCACCGCGGAAAUCGGAACCCGUAAUUUAUCAACAGCUACCGCUAGACGAUUUCUUGGACGACACGCGGAGCGUCUCACGGGGACCGUCGACGCGUACGUCGGAGUCGAUCGGCCUGCCAAAGUGGGCGCGUCUGGCUGCCCAAUCUUGCAAAGUACCAAAUGAGAUAAUGUUCGAGACGGAAACGAGCGAGAACGGCUGCUUCUAUGUUGCCUUCAGCAACGACGGCAAGUAUCUGGCUUGCGUCCAUUCCGAGGAGUACAAUUAUCCGAUUAUCAUUUACGAGGUCGAAACCGGCAAGAUUCACGUUCGAUUUCUCGGUCACAAGACUUUCGUGUACUCUCUGAACUGGUCCAGCAACGAUCAUCACUUGCUGUCGGCGUCCGCGGAUCAAACGGCGCGUAUCUGGGAUGUUCGCAACCAAAUUAUACAGCACAUCGAGAUGCUGCCGCAUCCUUCGUACGUUUAUUGCGCCAAGUACGGACCCGAGAAGGGAACGAUCGUGGCGACAGGAUGCUACGAUCAAGUAGCUCGCAUUUGGACGAGCGACAGAAAGUCGAAGAAGCGAGAACUGAGCCAGGAAUUGGAGGGCCACGAGGGUUUCGUCAAUUCCGUAGUCUUUCAAAAAAACGGUAACUUGAUCACUGCCGACAGUGUGGGCUCGAUAAUUCUUUGGACGGUUCGGAGGAACAGCAGGAUGCCGUCGAAGAGGGAGUGGUGCAUGUCGAGGAAAAUAAAAAUCCGUGAGAUCGACGGCGUCGUUAUCAAUACGAUCGCGUUGCAUCCCCUUGAAUCCAGGCUCCUCGUGCACUCGCGAGACAACGGCUUGCGAUUAGUGGAUCUCGCGACCGGCGUGGUCUUGCAGAAGUACAAGCAGCUAAACAAUCGAAGAAUACAAUUAAGAGCCUGCAUCUCUCCCUGCGGUGGAUUAGUCCUGUGCGGUGGGGAAGAUUCCGCGCUGAACGUGUGGAAUCUGGAGACGAGCAAGCAUCAGGCCAGAUACACGAGCGAUUCGCAGAAGUCCGCCAGGCUGGUCGUUAGCUGCGUGGAUUAUCAUCCCUACGAUCACAUCUUGGCGUUCUCGACGUUCGGCGGUCCAGCGCCAGUUCGAAUCUUGCGAUUCAAUAAAAACGCGAGCGGCAACGAUGUCGGUUUGAAGCUCACGGAAGACGGGUCGGAAAUUCGUGGUAACGAGGUGAUCCUGAACGUCUUCGACCGUCCUCUGUCCCGGCGGGAUGAAUUCACCGACGACACGGUCACGAUGAAACAAAUAUCGCCGCCUUAUCGUCCUCCGGUCGAUUGCACGAUAAUCCAAAUCGAAGACGGCGAUGAUCGCGACCAACUGUGGACGAAGCUCCGUCGCUUGAGGGAAGUGGAACGCAACUGGAAAAAGAGGAGCAUGGAUCGUCUGUACUGCAUCAUCCAGAAGAUCGACUCAAUGCUGUUGAAGACGUCUCCCGAGGACUCCGCUGAAGCCAAAUCGAUUCAUAAAGAAGCCGAAGGGGAUGCACUUCACGUAUUGGAAGGAGCUCUCGCAGGAAGCGCAGAAAAGUUCUGCGAGACUGAGCUUUUCAGCGUGAACGAGCGUAGGAGUUCUCCCGUGGAGUCCGGCGCGUUCAGCAACCUCGUUCUCGCGCGUAACGUGUUUGCCGAGAAAGGCGAGCGAAAGACGAAGAAGCGACACCGACUUGUCGCCAGGGAACGGCCGAAAAGCGCGAAAGAGCCUGAAAUCGACAGACUUUCGGAUCGAUGCAGACUCGACAAGGCUCUGUCCGACAGUGCGGCGAGUUCCGCGAGGUUCCCCGACGGUCUCUUCCGAGAUGAUAAGCACGCGCCUCGCGGCAAUAAUCGAGAUCCUUCCCGCAACUCGACAGCUUUGUUCGAAAAAACGAACGCGUCCGCAGGUUCGCGCGUUCCGUCCGCAAGUUCGUCGGGUAGCACUGGCACGUACACAAUAAAAAUGCAUCCCGGUGGAAACGUCGGCGACAUCGAGACUGAAAGAAUAAGAUCCAUCCACGGGUCCGGAGAUGACAGUUCGCAAAUUAGCGACGCCACGUUCGUCAUAGAGCAUUAAAUAUUUUUGUGCUACUGCAUA